AUGAUUCCCAUUUCACAUGAUGAAAAGUCUUUGAACAACCCGGAACCAAGAAUCUCUUCAAAAGAGUUGCUCAGCAACAUUAACAACUUACAAAAUGGAGGAGUCUUUCGAUAUUACGAUUCCAUUUUCCAAGAUGCUUCAUGUACUCUGCCUUUAAAAAUCAAACAUUUGGUGAAUGAAACUUCAGGUGUUUGCACGUCGCCAUCCAACAACAACUUGUGUCAACCCAUUGCAGGUGCUGGUUACAGUAAGGGUUACAAGUGUCUAGUAUUCUCAGCACCACCCACGGUUGAACCAGGUUAUUUGGCUCUUGUCUUUCAUCCAAACAAGGAUUGUUCUGGAAUUGCCUCCAAUACUGGAAUGAGUAUCAUUCCAUCGGGAGUGUCCCAAAUUUCAUAUUUUCCCAUGUUCGAAUGUUCUCGUGGUUUCUCUGCCAAUACGAGUGUUAUGGGCAAUACACAUCUAUUCAUAAUGUAUAUGUGA